AUGGAAGUCCUGGCGCGAUCGCUUGCAUUGAGGGGCGCUGGGUUUUCGAACUUCACCAGCGCGAAUAUCACGGCCACAAGCAUCUCAAGCUCUUCCUCUCCGGCGAUCGCAAACACCACCGCCGCUGCUUCAUCCUUCGAUGGAAUCGCCACCGCCGCUUCGCUGGGCAACCUGACGGCGUCGGCGCCAUUGACCCCCGAUUCAACCUUGCUCUCAUCCAUCACUAACGUCGCAAAUUUCUCUUCACCGAUUGCGAAUCUUUCGGCAUCGGCGAGCAUAGCUCCCAACACGACGGCCGCUCCAAUUCUGAAUGGUACAGAUCUCAACAACGUAACGCAAUGUUGGCCGGCGUACUGGUCAUACUCCUCUAUGACAUCGGCUUGGUCGCAGUCCCAUGUGCAGAUCAUCACUAAGACAUAUACGUAUACAUCGACUAUCAGUUCUGGUCUGCCAUCCUCUUCGCUAAAUGGGACCUUCUCAACCCUCUGCGAUGGACUCCCCCGCUUUGAUUCCGAAGCCGAAGCUACCAACGCGACUAUUCUGCUGCCAACACCAGUUACCACAGUUGAAACCUACCUUUCAGCAGACUGGAUAUGGCCCACAGGUACCUUCUCACCCGCCCCGUCUUGCUCGAUCCGAAAUGCAGACGAAUGUUCUGCAGCUUGGUCGCUAUUCGGCUCAUCGCUGUCUAACAGCAACGAUGCUUGGACUUCGAGCAAUAUACUUACCGUUUCGCUGGCGUCUCCUCCGGCAUCAAUCGUGGUCAAUAGCGAAACCACGCCUCUGACGGCACCUGCUGGCGCUUUUCCCACACUGACACUGCAUGGAGAAUCAUAUGCUGCAGAGCGGGGCACUUACACCAUUUCCGGUGGCACGAACCUUUACGGAGAGGUGACUCUCACGCCAGGGGGCCAGAAUGUCCUCACCUGGAACUUAGAUCAGGUUUUGAAGCCCUUCGGCCCCACUGGUGCGAACUGCUCGCGGCCUACCGGCGCCGUCAUCCAAUCACAGUGUGCUACAGCACGAUGUACCAUCCGUGCCUAUACCGUUCAACUCCUUUAUUUCGCUCCACCGUCCACCAGCCGAGAUCUCUGCGCGAAUACCAGCCCUGGCUUCGACAGCUAUUCCGUCUCCAUAUACUCGCACCCACACUCUUCUACCGUGAUCAACUCUACUACUUACUGGUCGGACAAAGCAUACGUUCGUUAUCCCGCCGUCUCCGCGUACAAAUGGUGCGCACUGGACAACAUGUUGGGUCAAACGAGCGUACCGGUUGGUGGGACUUACAGCGACCACAUGGUUGAAGUUUCAUCCAGCGACAUCUCUUCUAUCUGCGACUGGAGAUUUGGAACCACAAGACCAUAUGGGCAGGUCAUAGGUGCCACCGCAAAGCCGCUCAAUUGGGAAGACCUUGUUGGUGACAUACCAGCCUCCGCGUAUCAGUGCAUGCCGAGGUGUCAAAGCGGAUGCCAAUCCAUUGUGACGGACUGGUAUGUACCAGCAAUUGCUGUCCCACCGCAGUUGCGUGCACGCGAUCCAGAGUGGGCGAGCUGUGUGCCUGUCUUCGAUGGUACCCCGGAUCCACCAAUCGCCCUGGGCACAGCGCCCGGUUUCCUCGCUUCUACGACUACCGAAGGAAAAUCUAAGACAGAUCCCCCCACCCCUGGACAGACAAUACCGCCUGUGCCCGUUCCGACGAGUAAAUCAAUUCCUCAGCCUCCGAUCACGACUCGAUUCACGCAGACGAUAACGGUACCCACUCCACCUCCUAUUGAUCCACAACCAAGUCACAACCCUCCGAACCCGAAUCUGUCGAAUAACCCAGGCCAACCAAAUCAGCCCAACCAAUCCAAUCCACCAAACAAUCCUAAUCCCAAUCCAACUCCUAUCACCAAUGCUCCAACCCGCCCCACCGCAAUUGCAACCAUAGGCAACAGCGUCGUCAAUGCGGAUCCAUCACGCCCAGGAACAGUCAUAAUAGUCAACCCUACCGCUCCGGGCGCUGCUCAAACUAUCACUCCUGGUGGUACUCCCGUAAUCGUUUCGGGUACUACUAUUUCCGUCAACCCAACGAGCGGGGCAGUUGUUAUCACUGGGGAUACCACCCUCACCCCAGUUGGCACCGUCGGUGGUAAGCCCGUAUUCGUUGAUCCAACACGACCUGGAAUUAUUGUUAUAGGGGAUCCGCGGACCGGACAGCCUACGGAGAUGCUCAGCGUGAACGGGCCGUCGGUGGUCAUUGACGGCACUACCAUCUCCCUAGCACCAGCAGCCACCGCCUUGCCGUCGCCCUCAUCAACCACGGUAUCAGGCAUCUUAAUCUCUCGAUUGGCGGAUGGUACUGUUAUCAUCAAUAACUCGCUGAGUCUACGCCCGGGCGAUCCUCAAAUAACGGUAGGCGGCCACACCAUCGUUUUGGAUCCAAAUGGCGCGGUCUUCGUAGAUGGUCAGCGAAUCCAAAUCCGGCCCACCUCUGCUGACCCUUCCUCGACCAUGGUAUCCGGUAUUUCGCUCACACUCCUCUCUAACGGAACCCUUCUUGUCAAUGGCACAAUCGCUCUUCAGCCAGGAGAUCCUCAAAUAUCUAUAGAGGGGCACAGCAUCUUUAUUGAUCCGAGCGGGGUGGUUUUUGUUAAUGGCCAGCAGAUGAGGCUUUCGCCUGCCUCGACUACUCAAGUCGGGGAGCUCGUAAUUGUUGGCCCGGACGGUACAACGACUACGUUGCUCAUGCCCUCCGCGACGGGAACCACGGACGAUGUUGUCAACGCUCUCGCAGCGGCAAUAAACGACGCUUUUGCGAGCACUACUUCGAGCGGAAGCCAUGUUGCAGCGAGCAGUCAGUCGGCAUCCGAACUCUUUGCAUCAGUGACAAAGAAAGUUGGACCCACUGGUGGCCCGGAUACAGAGGCAGCGCCUAGGACCUCAUCCACAAAGUCGGGCACAAGGAAAUUAGCGAGGUCGUGGAGUUUGUUGGGGGUCGGGAUAUGGAUAUCCAUGCUUGCGACCUUGUGGGUAUAG